AUGACUCCUGUUAAAGGUGACACUAAGGAUAAUGUUAAGAGUGCUUAUUGGGAGUAUUUUAAUAAUUUAAAAGUUGAAGGUUUAAAUCUUGACUUGCAAACUUUUAAUGAUGAUGAAGAUGCAGAAAAAAUAGAAGACGAGGUGCCGGAGGAAGAAGUAUUUUACUGUACCCUAGUAAAUACACCCCAUGACAGGGUGGACGACAGUGGUGAUAAUGACGAUGACGACGACGAUGACACUGAUGAUGAUGAUGAUGAUCUUGAUGGAGAUAUGGAGGAUGUAGUUACACUUGGUGCAUGCACUCCCAUUGUUAAAUGUGGAGAAACAACCAAAGAGCUUAGUGAGGGAGUGAAUUUAGAGCUUCAAGAUGAAGAAGAGAAGUUAAAGCAAGAAGUGCAACAAGAGGAAGAGGUAGAGAUUAUGGAACCAAAGGAAGUGGUUGAAGAUUUAGGAGAUAUUGAGUGCAAAGAGGAAUCCCAUGUUGAAGAGCCUUCUUCCAUGGAGGAAGAGGUAGAAGACACUGGUGAAGAAGAAUAUCAACUUGAGGAAGCUUGGCAAGAGGUAGGACUUGAAGCACUUUCUCAAGUGGUGGAAGCCUCUAGAAGAGAAUGGACAGGAGUGGAACGUGCUCUAUCAAGACCAUUGGAAACUCCUCCACAUAUGUUACCAUCCAAUCCUUCAUUUGAGUAG